AUGGUGGUACAGUUGCGGUCCAGGGGUAAGGCCGGUGGAUCAUCAGCUGAGCCUGAAGCGACAGGAAAACCGCGGAAACGUACUAGAGGAGAGAAGUCAAAGACAUCUUCUGCGCUUAGGCCAAGCAUUGAAGUACAGAUUAAUGCAUCAGGGUCGAACUCAAGUCGACAGUCAACCAUUCAUGCAAUUCCGCAAGAUCAACCCUCAACCAGCCUGAGCCGGGUAACGAGAUCGAAAAGAGCCAAUACUCCUCAUGAAAAACUACCCUCACCCACUCCGAGAAAACGUCCCGCCCCGGACGCAGGUUCCACGCCCCAGCGUCAUUCUUGUCGCAAAGUUGCGCUGAAAAGUGCUGAAGAGGAUGAACAACCUCCGCCGAACCAGGAACACGAAGAGGCUUCGGAAGCGGAGGAAAAUGCCCUACCGGAGCGCCCGGACUUGAUAAAUAUCAUCAAUUCGAACAUCCUAGAUACCAAUAGUUCUAGUAACAAGCUACCCAUCGAUGGCGGAUUACACCCAGGGAGAACUGGCAGGAGGAUGCCUAGGGCAAAAGUUCCUCAGAUUGCAGACUCGAACGAAAAUAUCGACUUUGGCGACAUGCAGGAGCAGGAACCAGACACCGCUGAAAGUAAUCAAGCGUCAACUCCAAGUCCCCAGCAACCAGUAGCACCACAUGAAGAACAACCAAUAUCCGGUCAGGAGGCUCCGCCGGCGACGCAAGUAAUGGCACAAAUUAAUGCAUCUUCCCACAAGCGAUCGUUACGAAAACGCAAACGGCAGAGCCAGAAACCGACUUAUGGCACACCUGGUUAUAAUGCAAGGGGCGCGUCCCCAGAGCUUGGUUCAGCACCUCCUCAGGCGCCAGCCACAGAGGAAUCAGCGUCACAGCAGGCCCACGCUGGGGUUGAUGACUAUGAAGUUCCGUCUGACAGAGAGCAACGAAGUCAGCCGAUAUUGUCAAGAGGGGAGAAGGAGACCCACGGCACGCAGGCUGAACAUAGACGGAAAAGUAAACAGGGCAAACGAAAGAGAAGUCAACAUGAGCAACAAAGUGGGCAAACACCAACACAGGCCGAGGAAGGGCCAGAAGAAGAGAGAAAUGGAGAGGGUACCCGAAAGAAAGAUAAGAAUGGAGAUCAAGAUAGGGAAUAUGAGAAUGAAGAUAUAGACUCCGACGGUGAUGAGCCGGCAGCAGAACAUGAGCUUGAUAUAUCGGAUUUAACUGAAGAUUCGUUGCUGCUCGACGAACCACCGAGUGGUUUGCAAACAGCGCUCCUAACCCCUACCGCCUGGGUAAAGCGAGAUACAGUACAGAAACUUGUUUGGUACACAACUUUCUCAGGGUGGAUGAAUGGAAGAAAGUGGCAGAAGGAUGCUCUCGAGUCCGCAAAAACAGCUUCUGAAGCAUUGGGAAAGGGCGGAUGUGUGCGAUCGAGGCUUAUCUUGGCCAAACUUUACAGUCUCUAUGAACUAUGUAAAGAGAUCCCGUCAUCAUCGAUAUCACAGCAGUUGGAAUAUAUUCGCGAGCACACAGCCCAGCUCAGCAGUUUAUACACUACACUUCGCGUGGCUAUUGACGAGUUUAUUUCAUCCAUCAACGCAAUAAUGGAGCAGGGCGAUGCGAAGCAAGUGGGCAGUGGUUUUCGAUAUGUGACAAAGUUGCACAGACGCAUCAUUCCUAUGCUGGUUCUGGUAUUAGAUCGAAUUUUCCAGGCUGGAUGUGGAAGACCUGGUGAGAGUACCAAAAAGCUCGGAGUUCAAAAAGGAGAAUUUACAGUGUACACACUAGAGCCACUGGAAAGGACUGCAGGCUGGGUCCAAAGACUCUCCCAGGUGGUGGAAAGCUGGUACGAGCUUCAUCCUCCCCGAAGAGAACGUGAUCAAAGCGAGAAGUCUAAGGAGCAUCGAAGAAUUUUCGGGGAAGCCACAAAGCAGCUCAAGACAUCACUCGAAAAGGCCAGAGAAAGCAUUGAUGCCAUUAAGAGAGCGCCGAUCCAACGAAAGAAAGUUAUGCAGAAGGAUGAGGCUAUUCGAAUGGAACGCGAGGCUGAAGCGCAGCAGCGCAGAGACAUGCAAGACAGGCAGAUGCAGCGCUUUCUACAGUCGAUGCAGAAGGUUGAAUCAUCUCAGGCGCGUCCGCCCACGAUGGGCUCAUACCGGCGGGCAGUGCGCAGCUACCGCUCCGUGGCUAGUCAGUCAGGCUUGAUUAGAUCGCAAGAGCCGUCUGAUGAUGAUUAUUUUGAGAAGCAUGGCUGGCACUACUGGGAAGAUGAUCAUCUCUUAAGCUUGAUCCGAACCACAUCCCACCCGAACUACGAGGUCUUCCACCAGAUCCUUCCUAAUCGAGAUCCUGAUGAGCUGAAAGACCGGUCAAAUUAUUUGAGGAUGAUUAUGCGAGACAAGUACGAGCGGAAGGGUAUCCAGCCGCCUGGAUGGUGUGUUGCUGAAGAUUGA